GCAUGGUAUCGCUGACUUUUACUGAAAACAGUAGUUUCCUGGAAAGUCCCCAUUGUAUGCAAAUCGUGUGCAACGUUUUUAUGUCUUAUCAAUAAUCAGGACAUUACUAUAUUACAUUAGGCCGAGGCAAGCUCACUCAUGAAGCAAUGUCUAUUUAAGGCACAACGCUAUCACUCGUGAAAUGGCCUACAUAAUCCGGGGGAUCCCCACACGUGAGGGGUAUUUCCAGACCCGUAUCCUCGACUCUACAGCGGCAGUAUUUCUACUGAUGGCACUCUUCAUCCUUGGUCUCCAGGUGACACAGCCCCCUUCCUGCAGGUGUCCGCGGGGAUUCACAUACGCCCAGUGCAACUAUACAAACAUGGUCUGCUUGACGCAGGCAUUCUUCGUCAACCAAGAAGCUAUUGUUCCCAACUCUGAGCGACCCGGUGCUGAGCCAUUGGAUGACGUUACCGCGCACCAUGACGUUGUACAAGCUGACGUCAAAGCGUUGAAGAGAGAGAUAUCAAAUAACGAUGGUUCCAUUUCAGAGAUGUCCAAAUCAAAAUCUCAAGAAUUCAAACAUUCCUCGAUUACCAAGCAACACAAGCUUCACGUGGAAGUCGUAACAAGCGGUAAAGGACUUUAUUCGAAUUCCGUAAAUGAAUACGAUAUUUUGAGAUCAAAGCUGAUUUUAUAUAACGCUUACGCUGUCAUUUUGAUAGCUGUUGCGAUACUGUUAUCGGUACCUAAACUUGUAUGGGUAUGUACAUCGGUUGAGAAGGACAUUCUGUGUAUGAUGAAUACUUUCACGUACGCCGGAGCAGAUUCCACAACGGUGUCACGACAAAGAUGCGUGGAUCAGUUGGUUGGAGACAUGAAAUUCUUCCUAAGAUCUUGCCAUGGCAGUUUUUACAAGAACAUUCUUUUAAUGCACGUUUUGAGACCUCUAAUUCCAUUCCUAAUUCCGGUGACCUUGACCUUCAUACCAGGGGUCAGUGCCAAAGAAGCCUUCACCUUGAACCCCAUGACGUUAAUGUCAGCCCUGCAUAACCAAAGCAUGACUGUGUUUCCGUCAAAUGCCUUCUGUCAGUUUCAAGUCAUUAGCAGGUCCACGCCUAAGUGGGUAUCAACAACUUGUCUUCUCCCCGCAAGCGAAUUGCUUCAGAUUCUGACGCCAGUUCUUAUUGUUUGGUUGGUUCUUCUGUCAAUAUUUGGGUUGUACAAAUACUACUCGUUUAUGAAGGUCAUGUCCUUCGCCAAUCAGAAGUCGUUUUAUGGAAGGCAUGGUCUGAAAAUGGAUAAGGAAGAUGCAACAUCGUUACAGAACGUGUUCGGUAAUGACGGUUUCUUACUGUUCACGCUAGUCUCGGAAGUGGAUAAAGGCAACAUUUUGCCCCACAUAAUGUACGAGCUGAAAGCAUGCAUGGAUAGUCGAAUAGACAGGUAACAAAUCUGUCUUCAUUAUCGUCAUAAUCCUCCAGUAAAUGUCUUCCUUGGCAGGGCAAACACUGUGGACCAUUGACUUUGGGAAGGGGUGUUCGGCAAGGAUGCAUUUUUGCUCACGUUUAUUUUUUGUCGAAACCCAGCAUUCAUUAAGGUGUGGAAGAGUAAGAACUGUAAAAUGUAACGUGACAAUCACUAUAUUGUUCUAUUGGUCUGUGUUGGUCAUUAAGGCAACUAGUCUGCCAUACAGACAAUGAAACAAUUAUACCAAAUGCAGCCCGAGUCUAGAAUAUGUGGCAAGUCUAGAUUACCCCAGUUUCCGGAAAAUGAAGAAAAUAUCUGGGCUCCUUUUUAUGUACAUAAUUUGGGAACUAGGAAAUAUUUUAUUCUAUUUUGCUAUGGUGCUUGUGUAUUUUCAAUUUCAUUUUGUGUUUGAUAUUUUCACAUAUGUAACAUAACUUUGAACAUACGUUAACACUGACGUGCGCAAAUAACAUUUUAAGUGAUGCUCUGAUAUACUUCAUAUUACUACAAAGAGAUAAUUCCUGUUCACCACAGAGCGUACGUGUUACAUGCAGCGUAACAAUCCUUUGUUGGAGAUGAAUAUCCGUUAACAUUGUGUGAUGUUAAUAUCCCGAUAGUCUCUAACACUCAGUCUGCAACUUGCGGAAAUAGUGUGGGGGCGGAGAAAGUGUGAGGUGGGAUAGCCAAAUAUGGUAAAACAUUCGCGCGUCACGCCGAAGUAUAGGUUCUGUUUCGAACAAUGGUGGGUGAAAUGUGGAUAGGAUGGUGUUGAAAGCGGCGUAAAACACAACUCACUGUUCUUCUCCGCUGUAAGAUAACAGGUCAUUGCAUAUCAUAACAAUUCAUAUCAUUCAUAUCAUACCAAAAAACAAUUGUGAAGCUUAUCCCACCUCCCCAUCCCUCCUCAAGAAUGGAAGUUAACGGUAUUACAUAACGUUAUUCCCUCCUUGUCAACUUCAGCGAUGCAUAGUUUUCUUGAUAAUUUUAUGAUUUGUCUUUCAUAUCCUAAAUGAUGUUUAUAAUAUAAUUUGAGUGUUUUCCGGUUAAGACCGUUAUUGACAUUCAAUUUAUGAUCGGUGAUUUAUACUUCUUAUAUAUAUAUAUAUAUAUAUGUAUGAUAAUUGAUAAUAAUUGAUAAUAUUUUGUAUAUUUUAUAUACAUGUGUGCAUUGGCCGAAAUAAAGUCUAUUUUUUCA